UAUUCGCAGGGACAAAACAAAGGAAUGGAUUUGGGUGUCAGCACCAUCGAGCCAGAUUCCGAUCUCGUGCAUCCAGACGAUGCCCAGUAUAUCUGGCUGCCCAUCGCCACGCUCGUGGGCAUAUUCAUCCUAGCAGCUUUGGUGUAUGCCAUGUCACGUAGCCGCUGCCAAUGCUCUUGUCCCUGCUUGAAACGGAUGAAGCCGCCCCGCAUCGACUACAUCAACGUGGAUGAGGAAGAUUCAGAUGUGCCCAUGGCCGGUGGGGAGGAGUUGGGAGAGCAAUAUGCUGCUGCCAGCUUGCUGAGUGGUCGUCUGCAUAUUGAAAAUCGUCCAGAGCACUGCCACCACCCUCCAGGGAACUGCAGUUCUCCUGCCUAGGCGGAUAACUGAAUCUCUUACAGAAGAAACUUCCAUACAAUUUAUUGUCCACAUUGUCCAACUUGGUGGUUGUCAUCCAUCAAAUCAGCUUAGAUACUAAAUCAAUCGAUGUGCCUCUGCCUUAGGUAUAACAAUAAUAACACUAAUUUAAUGGUCAGUAUUGGUAGCGCCCAACAGGCGCGUUGUUAGGUCGUAGAAUCCAAAGAAGAAUGCCCCGCCAAGUGUGAUCCACAGCACACGGGGCACAAAUCCAGCAAACAGACUGAGAAAUAAAUAAUAUUUAAAUAUUUGUAAACAGA